AUGCAGAGACUGCAGCUGAAGCGGGGGCUGGCGCCUCUGCAGCAUUCAGAAAGUGACUCCGAGACAAGAUUAGGAAAAGCUUCCUCUUCUAAAGCCACAAAGAGCAAGCCCGCAGAGGAGAGCGAUGCUCCUCCGCCCAAGAGAGCGCCCAUCUUUUAUGGCAGUUUGGAAGAGAAGGAAAGGGAGCGUCUGGCAAAAGGAGAAUCGGGGCUGCUGGGAAAAGAAGGGAUGAAAGCUGCGAUCGAGGCUGGCAACAUCAACAUAAGCAGCGGUGAGGUCUUUGAUCUCGAAGACCACAUGAGCGAGCGGCAGGCGGAAGUGCUGGCUGAGUUUGAGCGCAGGAAGAGAGCCCGGCAGAUCAACGUGUCCACUGACGACUCCGAAGUGAAAGCCUGUCUGCGAGCACUCGGGGAGCCCAUCACGCUCUUUGGAGAAGGUCCUGCAGAAAGGAGGGAGAGAUUAAGAAAUAUCCUUUCGGUGGUUGGCACAGAUGCAUUAAAAAAGACCAGGAAAGAUGACGACAGGUCUAAAAAAUCCAAAGAAGAGUAUCAGCAAACCUGGUACCACGAAGGACCACGCAGUCUGAAAACAGCAAGGCUGUGGCUUGCUAACUACUCGCUCCCCAGGGCAGUGAAGCGGCUAGAAGAAGCCCGGCUGCUCAAAGAGAUCCCGGAGGCAACCAGGACAUCGCAGAGACAGGAGCUACACAAAUCCCUCCGAUCCUUGAAUAACUUCUGCAGUCAGAUUGGAGACGAUCGCCCACUGUCCUACUGCCACUUCAGCCCCAAUUCCAAGCUCCUCGCUACAGCCUGUUGGAGCGGAUUGUGCAAGCUCUGGUCUGUGCCUGACUGCAACCUUGUUCACACCUUACGAGGACAUAACACCAACGUAGGAGCAAUAGUCUUCCAUCCCAAAUCCACCGUCUCCCUAGACAAGAAGGACGUUAACCUGGCCUCGUGUGCGGCUGAUGGGUCUGUCAAACUCUGGAGCCUUGAAAGUGAUGAACCGGUGGCAGAUAUUGAAGGACACAGCAUGAGAGUGGCACGUGUGAUGUGGCACCCAUCUGGGAGGUUCCUGGGCACUACCUGCUAUGAUCACUCGUGGCGCUUGUGGGACUUGGAAGCUCAGGAAGAGAUUCUCCAUCAGGAGGGGCACAGCAAAGGGGUCUAUGACAUUGCCUUUCACACGGAUGGCUCUCUCGCUGGGACUGGCGGUCUGGAUGCUUUUGGCCGGGUGUGGGACUUGCGCACGGGACGCUGUAUCAUGUUUCUAGAAGGCCACCUGAAGGAGAUCUACGGGGUUAACUUCUCCCCAAACGGAUACCACGUCGCAACUGGUAGUGGUGACAAUACUUGCAAGGUGUGGGACCUCCGCCAGAGGAAGUGCAUCUACACCAUUCCUGCCCAUCAGAACCUGGUGACCGGGGUGAAAUUUGAACCCAAUCACGGUACUCACCCCGGCUGGUCCCCUUUGAAAACGCUGGCUGGGCAUGAGGGCAAGGUGAUGGGACUGGACAUCUCCCUCGACGGCCAGCUGAUAGCGACCUGCUCCUAUGACAGAACCUUCAAGUUGUGGACGGCGGAGUAG